UCUGCUUUGAUUGGUCGGUGAAGAGAAGGCAUCGUGCCCUUGAAAAACCGAUUUCCCGGCAAAGAUACGCUGAAUGGAGUGGCAGGAUGCGAUCGACACAAAGCCCGUCAUUCAGUGUCCAAGAACAAAUAGAGCCUGCUCUAACAAGGAUGCUCACCUAUCGCUCAGCGGUCACUGUCCUUUCCCUAGAGGUAUGUUAUCUCAGGGGCACAUCCUUGCCCAGGUCAUCGCGCUUUGAGAACCUACGCGCCACGGCAGCAGUGAGAAACGUAGUCAAUACGUCGUUCUCGGGCAUCUGCCACAGCGUGAGGAUCGUAUCUACCUUGGUAACUACAACAAGUACAGACGAAUCGAUAGAAUCGAAAGCUGAAAGGAAGCAGCUGCGACCGUUCUAUUCUGCGAUGAAAGACAAUGCGAUGAUGACGAAAUUCUCCGGCUCGAUCAAAGCUCCGACGAAGCUGAGAAUUCGGCUUCUUUCGUUGAUUUCUCCUACUUUGACUUUCCGAUGGUUAUUACCGAAUCACGCCGGCAAGCAAGCGAUGCUCUGCACCCUUGUUCGGUGCCUGGUGAGAGGGCUUGCGAGCAAGGUCGAGAAGGGGUCACGAGAACGCGCGAAGCCGCUUGCAGUCUUGAGUUGUGCCCUCACUGUUGCCUGCAGCGUCCUCGUUUGAUGUCGUAGCGGAUAAGCUCGCGCUACAGGUGCAGUUUGCAGUACUUGUUGGUGAAAUGGGUUUGCGGAGGAUGGCGAUGCGCUUUGCCGACCGUAGUGCGUGGUUGGCACCAAACCAAAGCUGGCUGUCCAACGGAGAACAGAAGUGCAAGAGCGGUAGGGGGUCGAGCGCUUGGAAAG